CUCCCCAACGCUCCGGCUCACGUCAUGCACAGCAUCCGACGCGUGACGCCGGCCAGCAUGAACACCCUCCUCCUCUGCUCCAGCGCCUUCUGCUACUCCGCCAUCCCGAGGAGCAUUGGGCUCAGAUCUCUUGUUCUGCCAAGCAUCUCCUUGCUGAGGAAGAGGCACAAAUGCGCCCGUUUCCUGUCAAGGGGGGCGUCUUUACCGCAGGGAGGGAGUAAGAUCUCCCCUCUGGGUCGCAAGGUGAUGCAGACGCUGGAGGGUCGCUGCGGCAUGCAGCUCCCUGCGUCGCUCGUGGUGGGAGUGAGUGGGGGGUCGGACUCGACGGCGCUCAUGCUGCUGCUGGAUGAGGUGAGGCAGGAGCAUGAGGGGGGCGAGGAGGGGCAGCUGUCGAUCAACGUGGUCCACUUUGAUCAUGGCCUGCGGGCAGAGUCCAAGGAGGAGGCGAAGUUUGUUGAAGGGCUGGCGAGGGACAGGGGGAUGCCGUUCUACAUGCAAGCGCUUGACGAGGCCGAUGCGGCAAGGUUCAGAGAGAACUCUGGUGGGAUGCAGGAGUACACGAGGAUUUGGAGGAGGAAGGUGAUGGGGGAAGUGGCUGCGAAGAUCAAGGAGCAGAGCCGUCCUGACACCAAAGUCUAUCUCGUCUCUGCGCACCAUUCCGACGACCAGCUGGAAACUAUUCUGAUGAAGCUGCUGAGAGGAGCUCACAUUAGCAAGCUUCAUGGGAUGAAGUACAAGGACGAUCUUGACCCUCCCAUGCUCCGGCCGCUGCUCGACAUCUCCAAGCAGGAGCUGGUUCGGUACCUCAAGGACUUGCAGCAGGACUGGAGGGAGGAUUCGUCGAAUCACGAGUCCACGUACAAGAGGAACAAGGUCAGGAUACAACUGAUUCCCCUCCUGCAGGAUCUCUGUGGAGGGAAGCACGCGCUAGCUUCUCGAAUGAACGGGCUGAGCCAUCAGAGCAUGCAGCUGCAGCAGUGGAUGGAGGAAGUAACUCCUGCUAUCAAGUUCGGGCGCAGGUUUGACAAGCGCACCCUCCCCCUCGAUUUCUUCUACGCGGAGAGCAGGGAGCUCCUUCGCAACUCGGUCAUCCACCAGUUCAUUAGCUCCGAGGCCUCAGACCUCAUCCUGAGCUACACCCAGCUCCUCAAGAUCGCCCAGCAGCUCGAGGAGCAUCCUAACAAUCUCAAUUGGUCUUUGGACUUGGGCAAGGGAUGGCAGGUUCUGCGGUCGGGGCCCUUGCUCAUGGUGGAUAGGGAGGAAGGAGAGUUGCCGAACGGGAGCGUUGACAUACUGGGCGACGUGAACGUCGGCGUCGAGGUCGACGGCCCGUGGAGCGUCAUGGUGACAGCAGGGCAGAAGCCUCCUCCUCCUGUGGAGGGAAAGCGGAGAGUGCUGCCAGAGGAUGUGUGCUUUACGAUCCAUAACGUCCCUGCUGGGUCCCAAAUGAUAGUGAGGACGAAGUUGGCAGGCGACAGGUUUUUCCCCAAGGGGGUGGGAAAGGACGAGAGGCUCAAGCACUUCCUGAGGUUCCAGCGAAUCCCCGUGAAAGAACGCGAUGAGAUUCCCCUUAUAUGUUUCAAGUCACUCCCUUCCUCCUCCUCCUCCUCCUCCUCCUCCUCCUCCUCCUCCUCCUCCUCCCCAACUUCAGCAGAAUCUGAUCAGAAAGCAACGGUCAUCGCUGUUCCUCCCAGGCAUGUUGCCAAACCUCAUGCGGUCCCCAAGGGCAAGGGGUUGACCAUCUCCUUCCGGAUCAUGUGAGGGCGAGAGCUGGGGAUGGGGUGAAGAGACGAUAGCGAGGCAGGCGUUAAGAGCAAUUGAAGGGAGCAGCACUAGGGAAGGGAAAGGAAGGGACAAGGGGCAGCAGAUUGAGCUAGUGCGGUACAGUUCAACGGCAGCAGCACUAAUGGCGGCAGCAGCUGGAGCGGAAGGAAGAGACAGAGAAAGGUUCGGAGCGAGAGAGGGGGGACGUUUUUUGAGGAUGUUCAUUACAAGUAUCGAAAGCCUUG